GAGCAGGCGCUGCAGUGUUGAAGGAAAGCAGGCCCGCACUAUCUCUCCCUCAUUCACUCGCAACCAGUCAGUCAGUCAGUCAACCAUCCUUUGGCAAUGUGGCCAGCCCAUCCAGAGAAGGUGAUAUCGACAUAACACUUCCGGACUAACACUUCUCCUUCCCACUUUCUUCACCUGCACUUGUCUCUCGCUGAUUUCUCUUAUCCAAUCUCUGUUUUGGAUCCGGUUUCCUCUCUCUACUCAAUAUUGAUUCCUGUUACACCACACUCACUUGCGGGACACAACGACCUAACCAUGGCAACUCACAAGGUUAUCGUGGCCAUUGAUUAUGGUACAACCUACACAGGCGUCAGCUAUGUGAGCUCGAGCGGGACUGAUCUCAAAGAUGUCAAACACAUCUGCUCUUGGCCUGGCCCGUCCAAGGGCUCCGAAAUCGUCUUCAAGACUCCAUCUCGUGUGGCUUAUCCCGCAGACAACCCGAAGCUACAGACAUUGAAAUGGGGGUAUGAAAUCGAGCCCGGCAUGAUUGCGUAUGCCUGGACCAAACUUCUCCUAGAUGCCGGUACUGCGUUGACCGAGUACGAUGAUUCCACUCUGGAGAAUGCUUCGCAGACUGGCAUUCUGCGGCUGCCACCCCGAUCCACCGCAGUCGAUGUAGUAGCAGAUUAUCUCUCACAGAUUUACCAGUUUAUCCUCCAGACUCUCGUCAAGCAGAUAACUGAAGAGACACUCAAGAUAACUCCCAUAGAGUUCUGGUUUACAGUUCCCGCCAUAUGGUCUGACAAGGCUAAGGAUGCUACUCGUACGGCCGCCCAGCGGGCAGGCUUUGCAUGCGACCCUCGCCGCAAAGAAGACAAGAUUUUCUUGAUCAGUGAGCCAGAAGCUGCUGCUAUUACCGCACUGGAGAAGUAUACGACUGGUGACUUGGCAAACUUGGUUAAGGUCGACGAUGGUGUUCUGAUCUGUGACUGCGGUGGCGGCACCGUGGAUCUCACUACCUUUCUAGUCACUCAAAUCUCUCCCAAGCUCACUUUCGAAGAGCUAUGCACGGGGAUCGGGGGCAAAUGUGGUUCGAGUGCGAUUGACCGUGAAUUCUAUCGGCUGAUGUCUAGGCGAUUUGGGGCCGCUUUUGAUCUUCUCAAGCCCAAAUCAAAAGGCCCUGGAAGCUAUUUGAUGAACAAGUUUGAGAUCAUCAAGAGGGGCUUUGGGCUUUCUCAUCAGGCAAUGUUUGAACUUCCCCUCAACAUGAAACUCGAGAAGGUUGAUCCACGAUAUUACGAUGAAGAAGAGCGUGUUGUCUUUCUCUAUGAUGAUGACUUACGUGGCAUGUUCAACCCUGUAGUGGACAAGAUUGUGAGCUUGGUGCACCAGCAAAUUGAAGAAGUCCGACGAGAGCGCGGCAAGGACAUUGUCAAUAGAAUCAUACUUGUCGGUGGCUUCGGCGACUCCGAAUAUCUUCGCCAAACACUCGAAAGGUCUUUUGGUCAAACUGGGCAAAUCAGCAUCACCGUUCCCGAUUACCCUCAAGCUGCUAUAGUUCAGGGCGCUGCACUCAGUGGUCUUCGAGGCUUGAAACCAAGUUCAAGAAAGUGUCGUCGAUACUAUGGAUUCCAAUGCGGUCUUCCCUUUCGUCCAGGCAUUGACGCCGAAGCAGACUCGUACAUCGAGAAAUGGUCAGGAGCAAAGUAUGCUGGCCGCCGCAUCAUCUGGAUGAUCUCGAAGGGAGAAACGUAUACUGGAAAUACCACUUUAAACGAAGACGUUAUGCGUGAUUAUUCACAUCCAGAAUCUUUGACGUAUAGUUUCAGACUGUACGCCUGCGACAAAAGAGAUGCACCUGACAAGAUAAACCAGGAUGCCUAUCCCGUCGGCGAAAUUAUCACGGAUCUGUCUGGAGUGGGUUUGUCUCAGUUCAAAGCCAAAUAUUUUCAAGGCAAGCGUAUCUACCGACUCGAGUACUCCGUCACAGUGACAAUUGGCGCUCAGGAAGGGGUCCUCAAAUUCGAAGCUCUCGCCAAAGGCCAGACAAUUGGCAAGACAAGCGUUCGCUUCGAAACUACUUAGGAGGCAUCGGGUGAAGCUGAAGGAGACGAUCUGCUCUGAAGGGGCUUGGGAAGUUUGGAAUAUGGCUGGGAAUUGUGGUUUGC